CAGCAGAGAUCUCAAGAGUUUCGGAGCGCUCCAUCUUCAUCUUCUUCCCCGGGUGCCCCCUCCCCGGCUGGGACCGGGCACCCAGGCAUCUCGCCCGCAGGACUGGUUCGCAGACCGGAGGAUUUGCAAAUUGCCAAGAUGCUUUCUUCUAGUGACUGGAAAUCCAAUUCAUGGGAACUUAGCAUCCGUGUGGAUCAUCAGAUAAAAGAUGAGAUUAAACUUACAGUAUCUGGAGAUCUGCAUGUUGGUGGAGUGAUGCUCAAAUUAGUUGAGAAAAUUGAAGUAGCCCAAGAUUGGUCUGACUUUGCACUUUGGUGGGAACAGAAACAGUCCUGGCUUCUAAAAACACAUUGGACUCUGGACAAAUGUGGAGUGCAGGCAGAUGCUACCUUGAUCUUCACACCGCAGCAUAAAAUGCUACGUCUCGUUUUGCCAAACAUGAAGACCUUGAGACUUAAAGUCAGCUUCUCGUCAGAUGUCUUCAAGGCCGUCGGUGACAUCUGCAAAACCCUUAAUAUUAGGAGAUCAGAAGAGCUCUCUUUGUUAAAGCCAUCAGAAGAUUUUAAAAGGAAAAAGAAGAAAGAAAAGAGCAGCAAGGAGCCAGUAAUUGAAGAUAUUUUAAAUUUGAAUAAUUCUCCAACAAAUUCAGGAACCCCAACAACUCCUGGUUUGUAUAGUAAAACCCUGACACCCAUGUAUGAUCCGAACAGUGGAAUGCCUGCUUCUUCCACCAUUACGUGGUUCUGCGAUAGCCUUCUGACUGAACAAAACUGUAACAUUCUUGCCUGCAGUCAACCCAACUGCUCACCAGAGACGCUUGCUGAAAUGUACCACCCUCGGUCUCUGGUAGAAAAAGCGAAACUUAAUGCAGGGUGGCUUGACUCAUCCCGCUCACUUAUGGAACAGGGCAUUCAGGAGGAUGAGAAGUUGUGGUUACGCUUUAAAUACUUCAUGUUCUUUGACUUGAAUCCAAAAUACGAUGCCAUUCGAAUAAACCAGCUAUAUGAACAAGCCAAAUGGGCCAUUCUUCUAGAAGAAAUAGAGUGCACUGAGGAAGAGAUGCUCAUCUUUGCUGCCCUGCAGUAUCAUAUAAGCAAAAUGACAUUAGCAGCAGAAACACAGGAUUUCACAAAUGAAGGUGAAGUGGAUGAAGUAGAUGCUGCACUCUCUAAUUUAGAAGUUACACUAGAUGGUGGAAAAAACGAUGAUAUUCUGGAGGACAUUACAGAUAUACCGAGGCUUGCAGACUAUCUCAAGUUUUUUAGACCCAAAAGAUUAACAUUAAAAGCAUUCAAACAAUAUUGGUUUGUAUUUGGAGACACAUCGAUAACCUACUAUAAAAAUCAAGAUAAUGAAUUUGGAGAACCAGUUGAUAAGUUAAAUCUCAGAGGAUGUGAAGUGGUGCCUGAUGUCAAUGUAGCAGGAAAGAAAUUUGGGAUCAAGCUGAUGAUUCCUGUGGCUGAUGGAAUGAAUGAAGUGUGCCUGAGGUGUGGGGAUGAAGACCAGUAUGCUAGGUGGAUGGCUGCCUGCGUUCUUGCAUCCAAGGGGAAAACAAUGGCAGAUUGCUCUUAUCAGUCCGAGAUCCAAAACAUUCUCUCAUUCCUGCAGAUGAAAAACAGGAAUACCACUUCUCAGCCACUUUCUGAUCCUGAAAGUAUGGACAUGAAGCCAGAGUGCUUCGUGUCACGGUGUGCAAAAAAGCACAAAAAUAAACAAUUGGCAGCUCGCAUUCUGGAAGCUCACCACAAUGUGGCCCAGAUGCCUCUUGUGGAUGCCAAGAUGCGUUCAUUCAAGCGUGGCCAGUCCUUGCCUGAAUUUGGGAUGGCAUAUUACAUUGUCAGGUUUAAAGGAAGCAAGAAAGAUGAUCUUCUGGGAGUCUCAUAUAAUCGGUUAAUUAGGAUAGACACAGCCACAGGGGAUCCAAUUACAACAUGGAGAUUCUCAAAUAUGAAACAGUGGAAUGUAAACUGGGAAAUCGGUCAGGUUGCCAUUGAGUUUGACCAAAAUGUGUCUAUCGCUUUCUCCUGCGUGAGCACGGAUUGCAAGGUAGUGCAUGAGUACAUCGGUGGCUACAUUUUCUUAUCCACCCGUUCCAAAGGCCAGAAUGAGACCAUUGAUGAAGAACUGUUCCAUCAAUUAACCGGAGGUCAAGAAAUGAAAUGAAGCUGACUUGAGUUGGCGUGGACAUCCAGAGUACCCCAAUAAGGAUGGACGCAGUGAUAACCUAACAUUCCGUCUGCCAAGCGUAUCUAUAGGUUACACAUCCUGAAAUACUUCAGUGGUAAAUAUUCUAAACAGAGUAAACACUACCGCCUCUCUCCCUACAAUACCUGAGUCUAACCUCUGCUGAACUUUCAUCAGCAUCCUCUGCCUGACCAAGCUGGUGUUUCAGGUGUGAUAGAUUAAAAGAAUCUUGGAACUGGGCUUGAAGUUUUGGAGAGCAGGUCGCCUGGAGCACCGAAUCAGCAGAAAGAGGAAAGAUGAAAUAGAGCAAGAACUGACUACCAUCUGUGAAGCGAUGAGGGUAUUUGUUAAGUGCUUACUAUGUACCAAGCACUGUACCUUUGGAAUAUCACAAUGUUCUGAGCAGUUUGCAACAGGGCCAAUUUAGGUUUGGGGCAGAGUGAGAGUUUAUCCUGCCCAUCUUAAAAGAUGCAUUUCAUUUUCUAAAUAAAGCAGUAAAUCUAUCUA